UCCACCUCCACGCUGACACCCAGCCUCUGAGCAUCUCGUCUCUCUCCACCUCCACGCUGACACCCAGCCUCUGAGCAUCUCGUCCCUCUCCACCUCCACGCUGACACCCAGCCUCUGAGCAUCUCGUCCCUCUCCACCUCCACGCUGACACCCAGCCUCUGAGCAUCUCGUCCCUCUCCACCUCCACGCUGACACCCAGCCUCUGAGCAUCUCGUCCCUCUCCACCUCCACGCUGACACCCAGCCUCUGAGCAUCUCGUCCCUCUCCACCUCCACGCUGACACCCAGCCUCUGAGCAUCUCGUCCCUCUCCACCUCCACGCUGACACCCAGCCUCUGAGCAUCUCGUCCCUCUCCACCUCCACGCUGACACCCAGCCUCUGAGCAUCUCGUCCCUCUCCACCUCCACGCUGACACCCAGCCUGCCUCCUGCCUGCCAGCCCAGACCUCAGCAUGUCUGACACCCAGCUGCUGUUGCUCAGCAUCCUGGCUUUCUGCUGCAACAUCUCUGUUCAUGCCUUCCCUGAGGGGUUUGGCCCCACGCUGAAGUGCCGCUGUAUCCGCACCACCUCCAUCCCGGUGGGCCCUCGCCUCAUCAGGACCAUCAAGAUCGAGACCCCAGGGGCCAGCUGUCGCCACACUGAGAUCAUAAUCACCAAGAAAGACAACUCCACUGUCUGUGUCAAUCCAGAUGAGAGGUGGAUUCAAAAGGUCAUUAGCAAACUGCAAAGAAUGAAGAAGCAGAAGAGAUCAGCAGAGGCCCAUUCCCUCCCCCUCACUAACUAACACUGCUUGAUCUGGCCAGAAAAUAAUCCUAUAUUUCAUUGUUACACAAUAGCAUGAAAUAAAGACAAAUGUUGGUAUUCAACACAUGAAAAUGAAUAAAGACAACAUGCAACAUGAUUUAAAAUGACUCUUUAUUGCCCAAGUGAGACAGAGGGGAAGUGAAUGACAGUACCAGUAAAGAGUCUACGGUUUCAACUGAUGUAAACAUACAGUAACUGAAAGCCUGAAACAAACACUUGUUUUUCUGACACCAGUCAGCCAGCACCUCCAGUCAGGACCAGUCAGCCAGCACCUCCAGUCAGGACCAGUCAGCCAGCACCUCCAGUCAGGACCAGUCAGCCAGCACCUCCAGUCAGGACCAGUCAACCAGCAGUGUUUGGUGUCGUUCUGAAAACACCUGAUGGCUCCCUAACCCUUCAGAGGCACAU